ACAUUGGAUAAUUACAACGUGGGACGGGGCACUCAUUCCUUAUCUCAGUCUCGGUCGGUCCACUUGUUUAAUAAUGUUGCUUCUUAUUCUUCCCUGGUGUAUACUAGGAGUUUUGGCAGCUGAUUAUACCCUACCUGGAGAUUGUCCGAAUGUUAAGUUGCAAGAAAAUUUGGAUCAAACGAAAUUUUCAGGCCUAUGGUAUAAUGUAGCGAGCUACAACAGCGAUGGCCGAGAGAUCUACGACUGCGCGACCCUUGACUUCCAAGAAGACAACCUGGGAUACACCUUCAAGGAGACCUAUGUGGAAGUGGUUGAUGGCAACAGGACUCAGAAGAUGUACCAGGCCAGGGUAGACCCGACCUUCGACGCUGGGAAUAACGCUCAGUUUAUCAUGAGUCAUGAGGCUGGUGACAAAGUCCUCCAGUUUCCCUUCUCUAUCUUGUCGACUGACUACGACGGUUACGCCAUUGCGUACACUUGUAAGUGGCUUAAGCAGAAGGAGCGAAAACAUUAUGUACACACUUGGGUCCUGAGUCGGUCUAAGGAUAAGCUGGAAGGCGAAUUACUGAAGAAGGUUGAGGACACCAUAUCCAAGUACCCGGACUUGGCUGAGCACAGGCAGUCAUUUGUUUUCAAAGAUUUCUCCGACGCCAGCUGCGCUUACGCAAACAAACUUGAUACCGAUUUCUUUACGACUGUGUUUUGGUGAUAGUUAAAAUUUUAUACUAAUAAUUAAUUAAUGUAAUUAUAUAUUGUGUUUUGAAGU